AUGGAGAUGAGUGGCAGCUUCAUUCGCUGUUGCACCAUUGUCACAUCAUCGGUGCUGGGUCAAAUGUCUUGUUUCUGUGCAAUAAAAUUGGAUGUAAUUCUAUGGUGGAGCAAUGUUAUUGUGGCUGGAAGGAGCAGCGUUAAAACGUUUACAUUUCUAGGUCCAAAAGGAGUGAUUAAUGACUGGAGAAAGUUUAAACUGGAGAGCAAAGAUAAUGAAACCUCUUCAGAACUCCUGAGCCAAAUGGCAUCAGCAUAUCAUUCUUCUAGCGAGGACAAAGACACUCGAAAGAAAUUCAGUCGAAAGAUGAGUGUCCAGGAAUAUGAAAUGAUUCAGGAUGUGGAUGAUAAGACUUGCCUUCGUAAGUACCGCAAGCAAAGCAUGCUGGAGAUGUACGAUCAGGUCAACGUUGGCCCUCAGUUUGGGAUUUUCUACGAGCUUGAGAAUGGGGAGCAAUUUUUGGAAGUGAUUGAAAAAGAACUGAAAAACACUAUGGUGAUGGUAAACGUUUAUGAAGAUGGAGUCAAGGGAUGCGAGUCCUUGAUCAAUUGCUUAACAUGCCUUGCUUUGGAAUAUCCCACGGUUAAAUUCUGUAAAAUAAAGGCCUCCAACACUGGAGCUCGUGACCGCUUCUCUGACCAUAUUCUACCAGCAUUACUGGUAUAUAAGGCAGCAGAGCUAAUUGGCAACUUUCUUCACAUCACUGAACAGCUAGGUGAAGAAUUCUUUGCGGUGGAUGUUGAAACCUUUCUAAAUGAAUAUGGUCUUUUGCCAGGAAAAGAGUUUAGCGCUUGUGAAAAUGCCAGUGAUGGUAGUGAUGUAGAUAUCGAAUAAAUACUAGUACAAGAGGGCCCCAACUCAGAUCAGUUUCAGGCACAUAGAAGUUAAAAAAGAUCCUAAUGCACACUUGGCUACACACGAUAUUCCUUUGCCUCGAUGACUCAUUCAUUUCCAUACAUGGAUUAGCAAGUUUGUAUACUAACUAGUUAGAAGAAGCCACAGAUCAGAGUUACUCGAGCUUGAUCGAAUGUACAAUAAUAUUACCAGAGUUUAUCCCUACCUCUUCUCACUAUUCACCCUGUAAUCCAAAGAUCUAAUUUCCCCAGCUUUAAA